AUGGGCAUCAUCGACACCAGCAAGGACUUGUCCGCCCUCUUUCGAGACCAGGUCCACAGGACGCCAGAUGCCGUUGCCUUGGAAGACGACAAGGUCCGGUACACAUACACCGAACUCGACCACAAAGUGACCGCUCUCGCACAGCGGCUGCGCAGACAUGGCGUUGGCAGAGACAGUCUGGUGGGCGUGCUGUUGCCGCGGAGCGCCGACUACGUGAUCGCCUCGUUGGCGGCGCUGCGGGCGGGAGGUGCCUUCUUGGUCCUCGAGAUGGCAUACCCGCAAGGUCUACUGGCGGAUGUGAUUGACGACGCCAGCCCCGCGGUUGUGGUCACGUACAGGGCCGAGGUGGGCAAGAUCAAGGAGGGCAUCCCACUGAUCACGCUCGACGACAAGUCCGAACAAGAAGCCGCAGUCAAUGGCGAUGGACACGCCCCAGGCCUAGACGAGCAUGAGCUUCCUCCACUCCCUGCUGAGGACGACCUCGAACGCUUGGCCUUCGUCUCCUACUCGUCCGGCACCACGGGCAAGCCCAAGGGAAUCGCCAACCCCCAUACGGCGCCGGUGCUCUCGUACAACCUGCGGUUCCGCGUUCGUGACGUCCAGCCAGGUGACCGCGUGGCGUGUAACGUCUUCUUCAUUUGGGAAAUGCUGCGGCCGCUCUUGCGAGGGGCCACCGUCUUCGCCGUCCCCGACGAGGCCAGCUAUGACCCGGCGGCCCUUGUGGAUUUGUUGUCGUCGAAACACAUCACCGAAACCCUCAUGACACCGACCCUUCUCGCCACAGUUCUAGCGCGCCACCCCGACCUUGGUUCUCGGUUAUCCGAUCUGCGCACCUUGUGGCUGAACGGCGAGGUCGUCACGGCCGACCUGGCCCGGCGAGCUCUCAAGGCGCUUCCCAAAGUGCGCCUGUUUAACUGCUAUAGUGCCUGUGAGACCCAUGAGAUUGCGUGCAGCGACAUCGCUGACAUGUUGACCGACGAGGCCGUCUACUGCCCCGUCGGCCCGCCCAUGGACCCAAAGCACACAUACAUCCUCGAUGAAGGGGGUCAAAAAGUGGAAGCGGGUGUCAGUGGCGAACUCUUUGUCGGCGGUUCUCUGCUGGCACGUGGAUACCUUAACCUUCCCGAGACCACGGCGAAAGCCUUCACGCCGGACCCUUUCGAUCCUACCCCGGGAGCCCGCAUGUACAAGACCGGAGAUCUGGCGCGACUACUGCCUUCCGGACUCCUCGAGAUCACCGGUCGCGUCGCCGGCAUGAUCAAGCUCCGCGGUUACUCGGUCGUCCCUGGAAAGGUCGAGAACGCCAUUGUCAAACAUCUGGCGGUCCGCCACUGUGCCGUAGUGGCCCACGGGGAAGGCCUGGAGCGGCAGUUGGUGGCGUAUCUCGUCCGGGACAAGGACAACGCCUCCCCAGACCGUCCGGUGGUCGAGAUCGACGAGUCCGGGUACAGUCCGGCGGCUCGACGCACGCUCUCAGCCCAUCUAGCCCACUACAUGAUCCCGGCGCUGUGGGUGGAACUGGACGAGCUGCCGACCCAUCAAGUGUCCGGAAAGGUCGACCUCAAACGUCUCCCACCGCCCCCGACGCCCAAGAAAGCGCAGAGCAACGGCCACAAGGCCGAACAAGACCCGAUCACGAUCAACGCCAUAGCAGAAAUCUGGGCGGCCACUCUCAAGACAUCGCGGGACGCCAUCACCCCCGAACACAACUUCUUCGACCUCGGCGGCCACUCGUUGUCUCUGGCCGACCUUGCGUCUAGGCUGUCGAGGAACUUCGGCUUCCGCAUUCCGCUCGCCCGCCUCGUCGACCCUCCCACUCUCAACGGCCAUCUGGAGACGGUGCGUGCGGUGAGAGAUGGCCAUACCGCCGAGGUGCAGGCCGAUCUACCCGCCGUGCUGCGGAAAGAUGCCAUGCUGGACGAGGACAUUCAACCGCGCAAUGCUACGAUCUGCGCACUCGACAAAGCCGACACGGUGCUGCUGACGGGCGUGACGGGGUUCUUGGGGGCCUUUCUCCUGAACGAUCUGUUGGAGAGCACAUCGGCGCAAAUCAUAUGCCUGGUGCGCUUCGGUGACCCUUCCGAAGAAGACCGGCCGGGCGGCAUUGCCAGAAUCCGCCGGAACCUGCUCGACUUGGGUCUGUGGCGCGACUCGAUCAUGGAGCGGGUGGAGAUCCUGCCGGGAAACCUGUCUCGGAAACGACUGGGCCUCUCGCCCGAAGCGUUCGACGAGCUCGCGGGCCGGGUGCAGGUGAUUGUGCACGCGGGGGCCACGGUCAACCUGGUCUACCCGUACGCGGCGCUGCGAGGGGCCAACGUCGGCGGGACGAGAGAGAUCCUGCGGCUGGCGUGUCGCGGCGGAGCGACGGUGCAGUACGUGUCCACGAACGGCGUGCUGCCGCCGUCGCAGGAGGGGUGGCCGGAGGACAGCAUGCUGGACGUGAAAGACGUGCCAGAGAAGCUGCUGGACGGCUACGGGCAGACCAAAUGGGUGGCGGAGCAGCUGGUGCUCGAGGCCGGGCGGCGGGGGCUGCCGGUCAAGAUCCACCGGGCCGGCACGAUCAGCGGGCACAGCAGCACCGGGGCGGCGAACGCGUGGGAUCUGCUGUCGGCGUUGAUGGUGGAAUCCAUCCAGCUCGGCUACGCGCCCGACGUGGCGGGCUGGCGGGCGGAGAUGACGCCGGUCGACUUCGUCAGCAAGGCGAUUGUGCACCUAGCCAACCAAACGCACGCGCAACAGGUGGUGUUUCACCUCGGCGACCCGGACCCGGUCGACACGCGGCAGGUGUUCGACGACCUGGCGAAGCUGGGCUAUCCCACGCAGCGGCUCGACUGGGACGGCUGGGUGGCGCUGUGGAACGAGCAGCGCAGCUCGGUCAAGGGCGGCGACGGCGCCUUCACGGUCGACAUCCUCCGCAGCGGCAUGCCGACGGUCGACUUCCUGCGCGGCAUUGUGGUGUUGAACAACGCGGCGACCCGGCCGUUCCGCGCCGUGGUCGAACGGCCCAAGGUCGACCGCGUGCUGCUGGAGACGUACACGCGCCACUGGUUUGCGCGCGGCUGGCUCCCUCGCCCGCCGUCGCGCCACCAUUCGCCCGGCGGCUCCGCCCAACCCAUCCGCCGGGGCCCGCUGAGCGGGCGCGUGGCCGUGGUGACGGGCGCGUCGUCGGGCAUCGGGGCGGCCGUGGCGACCGCGCUGGCCCGCGAGGGCUGCCACGUGGCGCUGGCGGCGCGCCGGCUCGACGCCCUCGAGGCCGUCAAGCGCCGGCUGGUGGUGCGCGAAGGCAAGGUGCUGGUGCGCCAGACCGACGUGACCGACCGGGCGCAGGUCGCCGCGCUGAUGCAGGCCGCCGCGGCCGAGCUGGGCCCCGUCGACAUUCUGGUCUCGUGCGCCGGCGUCAUGUACUUCACCAUGAUGGCCAACGUGCAGCUGCACCAGUGGGACCAGACCGUCGACGUCAACUGCAAGGGCCUGCUGCACUGCCUGGCGGCCGCCGUGCCGCCCAUGCUGGCCCGCGGCGCCGGCCACAUCGUCGCCAUCUCGUCCGACGCCGGCCGCAAGGUCUUCCCCGGCCUGGGCGUCUACUCGGCCUCCAAGUUCUUCGUCGAAGCCACCCUGCAGAGCCUGCGUCUCGAGACUGCCGGCUCCGGCCUGCGCGUCACCAGCGUCCAGCCGGGCAACGUCGCCACCGAUCUGCUGGGGAUGUCGACCGACGCGGACGCGCUGAAAAAGUACGGGGAGCCGUCUGGGGCCCGCGUCCUCGAUCCGGAGGAUGUGGCCAACUCUAUCGUCUACGCUUUGAAGCAGCCGGCGCACGUCGCGGUGAAUGAGGUGUUGAUUGAACCGAGAGACGAGCCGAUAUAG